AUGACUUCAUCCGUUGGCUUUGUGGAUGUCUUGCCGUUUCGGAGUCCUGCCCUGCCUUCUUUUUCGCUGUCAAAACAGACGUGCCAGAAAAGACCUUCGCGCUUGCAUAACCUGCGGAUUUACAUGGAUACAAUUAGGCCUCCCAUAGUCCGAAUCCCACCUGAACUUAAAUCCGUUCGCGUCCUUGGGCUGGGCAUGUCAGGCGUAGACAUCUUGGCCACAGUCGAUGGAUACCCAAAGCCCGACGAUAAGGUUCGCACGACUAGCGUCUCCGUACUCGGUGGAGGCAACACCGCGAACACACUGACGGCAGUGCGACGAUUGGGCAUGCCUUGUGCUCUCGUAUCGAAAGUGGGGAAAGAUAUGUAUGGUAGCGCCGCGAUUCAAGAAUUACAAGGUGAUGGCGUUGACACCAGUCUAGUUUUGGCGAAAGAAGGUGUCAACACCUCAUUCACAUACGUUAUUGUCGAUACCAAGAAUGAUACGAGAACGUGCAUCUCGACCGCGAGCAACGAAGAUCUAUUGGUAAGUGAAAUUGAUGAAUCCAUGUUGGACAACGCCUCCUUGGUCGUCCUCGAUGGUAGGCACACUUUGGCAGCUUUACAACUCGCAAAGUUUGCCAAAAACAGAGGUAUUCCGAUACUACUGGAUGUCGAACGUGAACGACCUUAUAUACGGGAUCUCCUUCCGUAUGCUGAUUACAUUGUCACGAACAGCGUCUAUCCUUUCGUAUUUUCCCCUGGUGCAACCGGAAAAGUCGAUGCGAUGGAAAUGCUUCUUGAGGCAUGCGAUGCCAAGAUGGUGAUCACCACUCUGGGAUCAUCGGGCAGCAUCAUGGUUCAACGGGAGAACGAUCGAGAGAAGGGUAACGGGUUUGACAUGAUCGUGCGAAGUACGGUAGUUCAAUCGCACAGGAACUCCAAAUCGUAUGAGGUGAUCAAAUGUCCAGCCCAGCCAGUUCAGAAGAUCGUAGAUUCGACGGGAGCUGGGGAUGCAUUCAUCGGAGGUGUCAUCUACGGAAUCGUGACCAACAUGUCUCAUGAACGAAUGCUUUGUCUUGCCUCCCGAGUAGCAGCCAAGAAGCUUGGUGAGAUCGGAGCCCGGGCGGGGCUCCCCAGGCGGGAAGACAUCGCGCCGACUCUUCUCGUCUCAAUCCCCAGUCUGUAACGUUAAGCAAAGCUUUCUUGGCAGUUCUUGGAAAGCUAUUUUAGAUUCCCUGUGACGCUGUGCACUUGUUCAACAUAGUGUCAACUUGGGAAUCUCGUGGUUUCAAGUGUCAUGUUAACAAUGAGCAGCAACACAUGCUAUUUUCGGCAUCUUACUGCAGUUGCGACUAUCACAACUGCAGUAGGGUGCCGAGAGCGACUACCAUUAUGAAGGAAAGGCCGGCGUGAUCGUCAUGCAUGCGUCGGUAUGUGCAGUACAGAGGCAUGUCGAUUUGACAGUGCAUGUUGGAAUCGGAGUAGCAGAUGACUUAAUGGCGUCGGCGAAAUCGCGCGAUCGUGGGGAUCGAAUCCUCACAUGUAGCUUGCGCCGUUAGGAUACCGCCAAACCCCGUCGUAUUUACAUGACCGCCCGACAUGCUGACGAUGUUCGCGACUGUAUUACAUCCUACACGCAUCUAAAAAGGCAAUCUCAAAAA